AUACUUGUACGAGAAGUUUAUGGUCCAUAAGCAAUUAUCGAAGAGGUUCUUCUUCUUAUCCCCCCAUGUAACAAGCUUUCUAGUUAAAAAGGACGAGCAAAUAAAAGCAAUUGUUGAUUUGCUUGUUAAUAAUAAUGCAAAGGAUAAGUUGGUUCUUGCGCCAUAUAAUACAUC